CAUCAAGAAAACAAUACCUCGUGGUUUUCGUGGAGAGACCAAAACGUUUUCACGUGUUAGAUUGUUCAUAAUCACUAAUUUUUUUUUUACUAAAAUCUAUAUUCAUAUUAAAAAUGGGAAGAAAAGCUAAAUUUGGUGAACCUGGAGUUGUUAAACAAACAAAAGGUCCUGGUCGUAAGGCUAAAAAACAAAAACCGCCUAAAUUGCUUCCUGGACUUCCGAAACUUGAAGAUGAAGAAGGGACCAAAAAACUUAGUCACCGUCAAAAACAGCGUGCUUCUAGAAGAGCAAAAAAAAAAGAAGAAAGAAAGUUAAUUAAAAAAGAAAAAAAAACUUUGGUCAAAAAACAAAUCGAAACUGAAAACAACAAUGAAAAAUCUUUAGGUAUUAAAAAUGAUAUUAUUAAGGAAUAUUCUGACAGUAAUAGUAGCUGGUUAAAAUCGAAAAGUAAUAAAUCAAUCAUUCCAGAAAAAGAUGAUGAUGUUGAAAGUUAUGAUAGUAACUCUGAUAUUGAUGAUGAAGAAACAGAGCAAAAUGGAUUAGAAAGUUUUGAUGAAGAUAAUGAUUCAGAUGAUGAUUAUAUGACUGGUACAUUAGAUGAUGUAGAUGAUAGCUCCAAUGAAUCAGGAAUAGAAGAUACUGUCCCUAAAAAGAAAAAGAAAAAUGUUAAGAAAAGAAAAGCUGAUAAUAGUGAUGAAGAUGAUUUAUUGCCAAUUGAAAAAGCAGCUAAAAAAUUAAAAAUUGCCAAGAAAAAAGAAGAAGCUGAAGCUGAUGAAGAAAUGAAGAUGCAAAUGAAUGUUGCAAGUCAAGAUAUUUUUGUUUUCCCAGCAGAUGAUAAAAUUGAUGAAAUCAUUCCUAUUCCAGAAGUUGAACAAAGAAUUAAAGAUAUUUUAUUAGUAUUAUCUAAUUUUAAUAAAUUCAGAGAACAAAAUAGGAACCGACAAGAAUACACAGAAUUAUUAUUGAAAGAUUUGUGUACUUAUUUUAGUUAUAACAAAUUUUUAAUGGAAAAAAUAAUGCAUCUAUUUCCCUUAGAAGACUUAAUGUCAUUUUUAGAAGCCAGUGAAACUCCCCGACCUGUUACAAUUAGAACUAAUAGUUUAAAAACUAGACGUCGUGACUUAGCUCAGGCUCUAAUAAAUCGUGGUGUAAAUCUAGAUCCUAUUGGAAAUUGGUCUAAAGUUGGUCUUGUUGUUUACAACUCUACUGUUCCAAUUGGUGCAACUCCUGAAUAUUUAGCUGGGCAUUAUAUGUUACAGGCUGCUUCUAGUAUGUUACCAGUAAUGGCUUUAGCACCACAAGAAAAUGAAUUUAUUCUUGAUAUGUGUGCUGCUCCUGGAGGUAAAGCUUCUCAUAUAGCGGCUAUUAUGAAAAAUACUGGUGUGCUAAUUGCAAAUGAUGUAAAUAAAAAUAGAGCAAAAGCUAUUAUAGGAAAUUUUCAUAGAAUGGGAAUUGCUAAUUCAGUCAUAUCCAUAUAUGAUGGUAGACAAAUACCUCAGAUUUUUAAAAAUUUUGAUAGAGUAUUGCUAGAUGCUCCAUGUACAGGAACUGGAGUUAUAAGUAAAGAUUCUGGUGUUAAAAUGAGUAAAGAUGAAGUUGACCUACAAAGAUGUUUUACACUUCAGCGUGAACUUUUAUUAGCUGCUAUUGAUUCUUUAAAUUUCAAAAGCUCAACUGGUGGUUACCUAGUGUAUUCUACUUGUUCAAUCCUUGCUGAAGAAAAUGAAUGUGUAAUAGAUUAUGCUUUAAAAAAAAGGGAUGUUAAAUUAGUAGACACAGGACUGAGUUUUGGAACUGAAGGAUUUACAAAUUUACGACAGCAUAGAUUCCAUCCAACUAUGAAACUUACUAGACGUUUUUAUCCCCAUACACACAAUAUGGAUGGAUUUUUUGUUGCUAAACUGAAAAAGUUUUCCAAUAUUAUUCCUAAAAAUGAAGUUACUGAUGAUGAAAAUGAAAAUGAUUCAAGUGAAAUUGUUGAUAAUACAAAAAACAGUGAAGAAGCUUCAAAUACAGAAGAAAAAUUAAUUAAUUCUAAUAAAAAACGUCCAAAACAUGGUCGCGGAAAGAAUAGAACUAAAUAAAUUGUACAUUUUUCACAUGACCUAAUAUAAAUUAAAUUUUAAAAUUGACCAACAAA